AUGGAAGUCCCAACUACGCAAAAGGCGGCCGUCAAGCAAGGUUCUGGCGACAAAACCACCAUUGUUAUCAAGGACGUCCCUGUCCCUGCCCCCUCGCCCGACGAAGUCCUCGUCAAGAUCAACUACACUGGAUUAUGCGCGACCGAUAAAUCUCUCUUAUACGACGAAUGGCCCAUCACAAUGACUGAAGCCACAAAUGGCAUUUGCGGCCACGAAGGCGCAGGCACCGUUGUAGCCGUGGGCUCUAAUGUCAAGGACCUCUGGCAAAUUGGGAAUCGCGCGGGUAUCAAGUGGGUCGCAUCUGUAUGUCGCAGAUGCGAGUUUUGCACAAAUGGACAAGACGAAUGUGCUUGUCCCAAGCUGCGGAAUAGUGGCUUCCAUGUUGCGGGAACGUUCCAGGAAUAUUGCGUUGCAGACGGCCAUUAUGCGACUAAGCUUCCUGACGGCGUUAAAGACGAAGAAGCAGGGCCAAUCAUGUGCGGCGGCGUGACUGCGUACGUGGCAUGCAAGAGAAGCAAUGUACGCCCGGGACAGUGGGUAGUGAUUCCAGGCGCCGGAGGUGGCCUUGGCCACUUUGGCAUUCAAUAUGCAAAGCAUAUGGGCAUGCGUGUCAUCGCCAUUGACGGUGGUGACGCUAAGCGCGAUCUUUGUCUCAAACUGGGUGCAGAGAAGUUUAUUGAUUUUACAACUUGCGCAGAUAUCACGUCUGAGGUUUUGAAGAUUACGCAGUACGGCGCCCAUGGCAUUCUUGUCUUUCCUGCAACCAAUGCUGCGUACGAAUCUGCACCGCAUCUGCUCAGACCCGGUGGUACUAUGGUAUGUGUGGGAUUACCAAAGGAUCCCAACUUUGUGGCGGGCGCAUCGCCGCUGCUGCUCUGCGCGAAGAAGUUGAAUGUCGUAGGCAGUGUGACAGGGACGCUGAAAGAGGUUGAAGAGGCUCUCGAUUUUACAGCCCGGGGGCUUGUGCGUCCUAUCUUGACGUACGGAGGGCUCGAGGAUAUCGACAGGUUUUUCGCAGAUAUGGGCGCCGGAAAGCUCGCUGGACGAGCAGUUAUUAAAGUUGCUUCAUAA